UCCCCGUGCAGGCCCUCCGGAGAGCGCAGGAUCCGCAGAGGGUGUACCAGGAGAAGCUCCCGGACCACAUGGAUGAUGGUAUGAAACAUCAGGACCCAGGGAUGUAUAAAGGAUCUGCCUAUUCUGGUUACCCUUUCCUGAUGCUCUCAGAUCCGUAUCUGCCCAAUGGAUCUAUGUCACCUCUGUCCAACAAAGUUCCCGUCGUGCAGCCGUCGCACGGAGUGCACCCGCUCACCCCGCUCAUCCCGUACAGCAACGACCAUUUCAGCCACGGCUCCCACUCACCCCACUUGCCCGCUGACAUCAACCAGAAACAAGGAGUGCACCGUCCUUCCCAGACCUCAGACAUCCCUGGUUUCUACCCCCUGCCCCCCGGAGGAGUCGGCCAGAUCACGCCGUCGAUGGGCUGGCAGAGCCAGUCUGUCUAUCCGCUCCCGUCAUGUGGAUUUAGACAGCCGUAUUCGUCAGCGCUUUCUGCUGGGGCUUCUUUCUCCAGGUUCACCCACCCACUGAUGCUGGGCUCUGGCAUGCACACCACUGGCAUCCCGCACCCCGCCAUCGUGCCCCACUCCGGCAAGCAAGAGAUGGAGCACUACGACCGAAACAUGAAACCUCAACCAGAACCAAAGAGAGAGAAGGAAGCCAAGAAGCCCACUAUUAAGAAGCCCCUGAACGCUUUCAUGUUGUAUAUGAAAGAAAUGCGGGCAAAAGUCAUCGCUGAGUGCACCCUGAAAGAGAGUGCUGCCAUCAACCAGAUCUUGGGAAGGAGGUGGCACGCGCUGUCCCGCGAGGAACAAGCCAAGUACUACGAACUGGCUCGCAAGGAACGGCAGCUCCACAUGCAGCUCUACCCCGGCUGGUCUGCCAGAGACAACUACGGGAAAAAGAAGAGACGAACACGGGAAAAGCAGCAAGAUUCCAACUCAGAUCCUGCCUCUCCUAAGAAAUGCAGAGCUCGCUUUGGCCUCAACCAACAAAUGGACUGGUGCGGCCCGUGCAGGUGUGUAUUGGCAUCUCGUCACUGCUGGGUGUUCCUGGGACAGUGGGUUCAGCUCCAGGUGUUGUUCUGCAGCCAUCCCAGCACCAGCGAGGGCUGCUCCAUCCAGGCAGGGAUGGGGUGUGAUCUGGGCAUCCUCAGGAGUUUUCUGAGCUGCAAAGGACAGGCUGUACUCUGGGAUUUUUAUCCCUUCCGGGGCAGUGUUGGUUUAGUGCUGUACAUCUUCCCCAGCUGAUGGACUUCCCUGGUCUUAAAAGCUUAUUUCCAGGAUGGAGACCUCUGUGACCCUGACAUGAGGGGUUUUUUUUCCCUCCAUUAGUGCUUUCCAAUCACAUUAGUGGCACCCUAGGGCCAGCAGUGAGGAUUUAAUGUGUUUCUUUCUUCUGUUUAUACUGGGCUAACCAUGUAUUUCAAGAUCCAGCUCUUCCUGAGCCUUAAAUUUUGCAGUAUCCACCAUGGGUGGGGUGGGACAGCCUCAAGCAGCAAAACAGAGCAGUGCUGUGCUCCUCGGGCUCCCAGAGAUGGAUUUGGCCAUGCAAUAGUAAAGUUCCCAUCAACCAAGUGCUGCUUAGCUCAGAUGGGCUGCAAAGGCAGCCAGGCAGAGAAAGCUCCUGAGAGCUUCUGGAUCUGGGUGCCAUAGCAGAGAGACUUCAGCUUGGACAGAGGUCUGCAAUUUGCAGUUUUACACCAAUACAUUGAGGAAAAAGGUGGAAGUGAAGUACUGCUUGAUGUCUUCACUUCAGCUUGAAGUGACUAAAAUAAUUUAGUCAACUCAAAUCUGGCCCAGACCUUGCUGCACCCCAACCUCCACUCCGUGUGGCUGAGCCCCAUGUGAGCUCCCCUCCUGCACCUCAGUGUGCCACAACAGCCACAAACCCUGAUUGUUUUUUACUCCCUGAGUAGUGUCAUCAAGCACUGUUUUUUAAUUAAGAAUUCAGACAGAGCUCCCGUGGUGUCUCAUUAAUACUGGACUGUCCAGAGGGGACUGCUGGCGCGCCCCAUGCCUCCUGCAGCUGUGCCACCAGGCUGAGUGCCCAUUCUUACAUGGACACUUCUUCCACCUUCCCUCUGCCUCCAUUCCAGCUCUGAACUCAGCUUCUUCUCUGCACGGCUUCCCAAUUAACACAGGCUGCUGGAGUGCCCAAACCUUGGCAUGUUCUUCUUGUGUCCCCUGUGUAACCUUGCCCUGGUCAGCCAGAGCUGCUCUGCAAUUCCCAUACUAACGUGCUGCUGCCACUCAGGGGCUCCUGUCCAACGUACUCUGCUCACCUGUAGAGAGAACAAUUUCCUCAGGAGGAUUUCUAUGCCACAGGAGAAGUUAACUCGUUAAGACUGGGUGUUCCUGCUCUAGAGCUUUCACACGCCUCCCCCAUACCCUGGACAAACACUCCAAGGUGCUGUAGUUUCCAAAGGGAGAGGGAUAAAUUCCCUUAAACAGAGAGGAAUUAACCCCUUUAGCUGUGUAACACCCACCUCAGCAUAACCCAUGGACUGGGCCAUUAUCAGCAGUCCUGUAGUAUCACAUCUGCUUUUUUUCUCCCUGUUAUUUUAAAUCCAAUGAAUCAAUGGGCACAUUUCUGUAAUCUUAAACAGGUCAUUGAAACUAUCCUGCAGCUACUCCCAAGAUGUCUCUGGGAAACACAGCUCCUCCUCAGGCUUGUCUCUGGGGAAUUACUACCCAUGGAAAAUACCCUUGAGUUAAAUACUCAGUUCAGCUGAACUGUCAUGUUUCCUAUCGCAUUAAUUGGGUCAGCAUGGCUAACGAUGGAACUGACAGCAGUAAUAGCACUGCUCUUGUUCACAUCCAGUGCAAGUCAUGUUUAAUACUGGACUAGUUAAUGCAGUCUCACCCUA